GAAGGAAUUGAGAAUGUUUAAGCCAAGGAGAGAGACCUGAGUUGAGUCACAUUAGCUGCCUUCAGACUUUGAAGGGUUAUCUGUAGGACUUUAGAGGGCAGAAAUUAAAUAUUUGAGAAGAGAUUAAUUAAUAAUAGUGCUAAGCAGAAUUGUUUUUCUGGUCAAGAAAUAUUGCAAAACAGAUUUCAAUGAUCUUUAUAAGUACAAAAGAUCAAGUACAGAGAUUCUAAGAACUGUUCAUCCCAUCAUGGAAGGACAAUAUAUCACCAUGUUUUGCUUUUAGUGUCCAACUAAAGCAGCGGUCGCCAACAGGUAAUCCGUAGACCACUGGUGGUCUGUGAGGUCAGAAAGGUUGGUGACCGCUGAACUAAAGUCUCCUUGGACUUGCUUCACCUGCUCCCUUAAAUGUUGUUGUUUUUCAAAAUUGGGUCUGUCACUGGAUCACUUUUCUUUGUACUCUGCCUGGGCACUUUCACGUGUUCACCCACUUAGUUUCUACUCAUAUGCUAAUGACUUGUAAAUCUCAGCUCCUUUCCCAGAACUUCCAAUGAGACAUCUCCACUUGAAUGUUCCAUGGGUACCUUCUACUCAACAUACCAAAAACUGGAUAUAUCUUUUUUCCACUGUGCACUUCACCACCACCACCUCUGCCCCUAAACAGAUAAGUUUUUCUGUAUUUGCCAUCUUGCUUGAUGUCCUCCUGUACACCCCCUACAGGGGAUCGAGCCCACAACCUGAGCAUGUGCCCUGACCAGAAAUCAAACUGGCCUUUUGGUGUUCAGACAGUACCCAAUCAACUGAGCCACAUCAGCCAGGUAGGCCCGCCCGGCCCAGCGAUGGAGUUUCCGGAUCUCGGGGCGCACUGUUCUGAGCCGAGCUGUCAGCGCUUGGAUUUUCUGCCGCUCAAGUGCGACGCCUGCUCCGGCAUCUUCUGUGCAGACCAUGUGGCCUAUGCUCAGCAUCACUGUGGAUCUGCUUACCAAAAGGAUAUCCAAGUACCUGUCUGCCCACUCUGUAAUGUGCCUGUGCCUGUAGCCAGAGGGGAGCCCCCUGACCGUGCUGUGGGGGAGCACAUUGACCGAGACUGUCGCUCGGAUCCAGCACAGCAAAAACGAAAGAUCUUCACCAAUAAGUGUGAACGCUCUGGCUGCCGGCAGCGGGAAAUGAUGAAACUGACCUGUGAACGCUGUGGCCGAAAUUUCUGCAUCAAGCAUCGUCACCCACUGGACCAUGAUUGCUCUGGGAAGGGGCACCCAACCAGCCUGGCAGGACUUGCUGCUAUCUCUAGAAACCAAGGUCUCGCUUCUUCUACAAGCACCGUCCCCAGCCCAAGUCGGAUCUUGCCUUCAUCUACCUCUCCCAGCAGAGCCACAGCCCCGUCUCCAUCAUGGACUGCCCCUCCAGUGAUUGCUUUGCAGAAUGGCUUGAGUGAGGAUGAGGCUCUGCAGCGAGCCCUGGAAUUGUCCCUGGCAGAGACCAAACCCCAGGUCCCAAGUUCGCAGGAGGAAGAAGACUUAGCUUUAGCACAAGCACUGUCAGCCAGUGAGGCAGAGUACCAACGCCAGCAGUAUGACUCCGGCCCAUGCUGAGCUUGGAAGUGAGGACUGCCCACUCAUUUCCAUGACAUCACACCUGUCUUCCCCUCCCCCUCUCCUUGCUCCAGGCCCAAAGCCGCAGCCUGAAGCCGUCCAACUGCAGCCUGUGCUAGGGCCUUGGGCUUGGGGAGGGAGGCUUAGCUGAGGAGGACUGUGGCCCUCACAUCUCUAAGGUCCACAGGGAGAGGAGGCCAAGAGCAGCCUGGAGUGAAGACGAGGAGUGACGUAAAGGCUGUUUCCAAGGAGCAUCAAGAGAAACAGCUGUAGGACUCGGCCUAUAGAAGGCCCUGCUGGCCCUCCAGCUGCGUGGGAGAGAGCAGCUGUGAACUGUUCCCUGGUUGAGCCCUUGGAGGAUGCUGGCCAGGCCCCACUCAACUCCCUGCAUCGUCAUCCCCCUCACACUGGGGCUGCCUGCACGUGUAGGGACAGGGAGGGUCCUGGGAAGAAUAAAGCAUAGUGGUAGUUAAUAACACA